CUAUUCUCCAGGCCAUGGCCAUCUCUUUCAACAACCUAUCAUCUCUACCUAUCAAUACCUUCAUUUUCCUUUUGCUUCUUCCUUAUGCUUGUUCGAUUAAUUUCCAAAUAAACCGCUUCGAAUCGAGUGCAGACAACAUAGUCUAUCAGGGAGAUGCAGUGGCUUCUGUUGGCGCAGUUGAACUGAUUAGUAGGCGUACUUACGUAUGCCGUGUUGGCUGGGCCACUUAUGCUAAGAGAGUGCCUAUCUGGGACUCUGAUACUGGGAAGCUCACAGACUUCAGCACACAUUUCUCAUUCAUCAUUGACACAACAGGUGAAAACCCUUACGGCCAUGGGAUUGCGUUCUUUCUUGCUCCUGUUGGAUUUCAAAUCCCACCAAACUCAGCUGGUGGCUUUCUAGGCCUAUUCAACACCACAACCAGUGACUUUUCUGGAAACCAGAUUGUUCUUGUUGAGUUUGAUACAUACGUAAACCCUGAAUGGGAUCCCGAAUAUGAGCAUGUCGGGAUUAACAACAACUCAAUUGCUUCUGCUGUGACCACCCGUUGGAAUGCUAGCGUACAUAGCGGAGACACUACUGAUGUAUGGAUUGCCUCUAAAAAUUUAAGUGUUCAUUGGAGCUACCAAACUACUUCGAAUCCUAACGAAAGCACUAGUCUCUAUUACCAGAUUGAUCUGAAGGAAAUUCUGCCUGAGUGGGUCACAAUUGGAUUUUCAGCAGGUACUAGUCAACAUGGGGAGCGGAAUAUGAUUGUAUCGUGGGAAUUCAAUUCAACUUUGGAAAGAAAAGAAACUAGUGGAAACAAUGCAAAGAAGAAAAUAGUAGUAGUGGGUUUAACAGUUUCUGGCGGUGUUCUGAUAGCUGGGGUGUUUAUAGCAUUAAUUGUGAGGACUUGGAGGUGGAAGCAAAAGCAAAGGGAAACACCAGAGACAGUAAACUUAACAUCAAUCAACGAAGACCUUGAAAGAGGAGCAGGACCAAGAAGGUUCUCUUAUAGCGAUCUUGUUACAGCCACCAACAAUUUCUCUAAUGAGAGGAAGUUGGGCGAAGGAGGAUUCGGGGCUGUAUACAAAGGCUACCUAACCGAUUUAGACAUAGCAGUUGCGGUGAAGAAAAUUUCAAGCGGGUCUAGGCAGGGAAGAAAGGAGUACAUAACAGAGGUGAAGGUUAUUAGCAGCUUGAGACACCGAAAUCUAGUGCAACUCAUAGGAUGGUGCCAUGACGGAGGUCAGUUCCUUCUUGUCUAUGAGUUCAUGCCAAAUGGUAGCCUUGACAUUCACCUCUUUGGGAAGAUGUCUGCUUUACUAUCUUGGGCUGUGAGAUACAAGAUAUCUCUGGGGUUGGCCUCUGCAUUGCUUUAUCUUCAUGAAGGGUGGGAGCAAUGUGUGGUGCACAGGGAUGUAAAAUCAAGCAAUGUCAUGCUAGAUUCUAACUUCAACGUCAAGCUUGGUGACUUCGGGUUAGCGCGACUAAUGGACCAUGAGCUUGGCCCUCAAACAACUGGAUUGGUUGGAACAAUUGGUUACUUGGCUCCAGAGUAUAUUAGCACAGGUAGAGCUAGUAAAGAGUCUGAUGUUUAUAGCUUUGGUGUGGUCACCUUAGAAAUCGCUACUGGAAAAAGGUCAAUGGAUCGUAUGGGAAAGGAUUUCGAAAUGGGGCUGAUAGAGUGGGUUUGGGACCUUUAUGGAAAAGGAAAGCUUCUCUUAGCAAUGGAUGAGAGGCUGCAUUUGGAAGAAGAGAAACAAGUAGAGUGUUUAAUGAUUGUGGGACUGUGGUGUGCUCACCCUGAUAAAAGUUUAAGGCCGUCGAUAAGGCAAGCAAAUCAAGUUCUGAACUUUGAGGCAGCAUUGCCAAAUCUUCCCUCAAAGAUGCCUGUUCCAGUGUAUGAUGUACCUACACCAUCAUUCAGGUCCGGUGAUCCAUUAAUAACCACAAGCACUCAAGAAGGUCGUUGAGCUCUACACACAAUCUCAGUUUGUAACUUUGUAUAUAAAGUCAUUCUUAGUGCUUUCCAUGACAUGACUGGUUGCAUCUAUAAAUA